CGGAAACUAAACAGAGUGGCGGAGCAGCGCGCGGAAGAAGCUUUUGAUUUGUGAAAGUAAACAAACACCUGCAGGCUCAUGGACUCUCCACCUGAGCCUCUCACCUGGUUACUGUUGGUUACAGCAUGGAGCGCUGUGAUCGGACAGACACUUCACUGACUGCUCUGCCUCCAGGUGACCAGAAGAGGACAGAGUCAUCCAGCAGGAUGUGGGCGGAGUCCGAGCCGGGUCCUUCCAGGUGUCAGCCGUGCAGACAGGGUUACUGUGGUUACUGCAGAGUCCUGUACAACAACCUGGAACAGCACCUGUCCAGUCUCAGACACCUGGAUUCAGUCAGGACAUCUUCCAGAUGCGCCGUCCCCUCUGCAACCACCAGCUGCAGUAAACUGACGCUGCUGGAGCGUUUCCUGCAGGAUGUCCUACAGCACCACCCACACCGCUACAGCGACCCCAGGCCAUCUCAUGCUGACCUCCCGUCUGUCUCCGGCCUUCCGCUACCAAGGGCGGAGCUUGAUGAACUACUUUUCUUGGACAACGACAGCCGGUCGCUAGGUACCAGAGAACAACUGCUUAGCUCGGACGACACGUCAUAUCAGCCCACCAAUCAGCAGGAAGACAACAGCAUUCACAGCCAAUCAGAAGAUAGUGUUACAAAGGGGGCAAUCCAGGACAGGCUGUCUGCACCAAUCACAGAUGGUGAGGACAAUGGGGCCAUCCCCAAAGGGCUCAAACACACACAAUCGCCACUCCCACCAGCACAAACCCCUCUCCCACACCUUCAGGCCUCGCAAUCCGUCCACAGGAAAGCUCACAGGAAAACGAAUAGGAGGAAAACCAGCGUUGACUCCUUACCCCCCUCCAGGGGCCCCGGGCCCCCGCCACAUACAGACCUUAUUCAAGGACCAGGGGCUGCACAGGGGCCCCGCUCCCCCAAAGACCUGAGGCCCUGGCAAAACUUGCAGAGAGACAGGAGGGCGGGGUUUAAAGACAAGGCGUUCUCGGACAGCAGCGACACUCUGGACCAAACCAUCGAGGAGGUCAUCCAGAUGUGCUGUCAUGGCAUCACAUCCACUUCCUGCCAGCAGGAGGAGACAGAAAGCUUCCACUUCAGCCUUCCUGUCUCCAUGGAAACACAGAGUGAUGACUGGGACUCACCUGUGCAGGUGGCGUUGCGGCCGUCGCUCGCACCUGUACAGGUGAGUUCGGCAGAGGGGCGGGACCUGGGUCGUCUGAUGGACGUCCAGGUUCAGCUUGACGACCAGGUGUACUCACACCAGCUUGACUCCGCCCUCCACAGUAAAGCAGGGGGCGGGGCCACACAGGGGUUCUGGACUCUGCCCAUCGAAGAGAUUUUGCCGGCCCCCGCGUUUAUCCCAAAAUCCUUCAGGGGGAAAACCUGGGCCCAGAUCGAGCAGGAGGACGAGGAGAAGGUGGAGAGACUGGUCGGUCAGUUCAGACGAGGACGAUUCAUUUGUUACUUCGACAGCGAGUCUCUGGCCAGGUGAUGUCAUCAACACAUGAUCAGUCAUAUGUAGUUUUAUAUU